AAACAAAAGAAUACAUCACCACGCCAGUGUCGUUGACCGUCGCAGUUCGGCAACAUGGCGGCGCACAGUGUCACUACACCAUUGAACAGGCUGCUGUUUGCCUUAAAGCAUGCUUCAUUCCAGUCCAGAUGCUGUGCUGUGCACAGUAAGGCCCAGUAUGCCACCAUCUACAAUCCCAGUGAAAAGACCUUUGAUAAGAUCCUCAUUGCCAACAGAGGGGAGAUUGCUUGCAGGGUGAUCAAGACGUGCAAGAAGAUGGGCAUCAAGACUGUAGCUGUUCACAGUGAUGUAGACUCCAGUGCUGUUCAUGUGAAGAUGGCUGAUGAGGCAGUGUGUGUUGGCCCCGCCCCAACCAGUAAGAGCUACCUGAACAUGGAUGCCAUCAUGGACGCCAUCAGAGCGACUGGAGCACAAGCUGUUCAUCCUGGCUAUGGGUUUCUCUCUGAAAACAAAGAGUUUGCAAAGCGACUGGCAGCAGAGGACGUGACAUUCAUUGGCCCAGACACCCAUGCUAUCCAGGCAAUGGGGGAUAAAAUUGAGAGCAAGCUGAUCGCUAAGGCUGCUAAGGUCAAUACUAUCCCAGGAUUUGAUGGAGUUGUCAAGACUGUUGAGGAAGCUGUGAAGAUUGCACAGGACAUUGGUUACCCAGUAAUGAUCAAAGCAUCUGCAGGAGGAGGGGGGAAAGGAAUGAGGAUUGCUUGGAAUGACGAGGAGACAAGGGAAGGUUUUCGGUUUUCGUCCCAGGAGGCAGCCUCCAGCUUUGGAGAUGACAGGCUGCUCAUUGAGAAGUUCAUAGACAACCCUAGACACAUAGAGAUUCAGGUGCUGGCUGAUAAACAUGGUAAUGCUCUGUGGCUGAAUGAGAGAGAGUGCUCCAUCCAGAGGAGGAACCAGAAGGUAGUGGAAGAAGCUCCCAGUACGUUCCUGGACCCAGUGACACGGCAGGCGAUGGGUGAGCAGGCAGUGCAGCUGGCCAAGGCUGUGCAGUAUUCCUCUGCUGGCACUGUGGAGUUCCUGGUUGAUUCUAAGAAGAACUUCUACUUCCUGGAGAUGAACACACGACUACAGGUGGAACAUCCAAUCACAGAGUGUAUUACUGGCCUGGACCUAGUAGAACAGAUGAUCCGGGUUGCCAAGGGUUACCAACUGCAGCACAAACAGGAAGAUGUACCAAUAAACGGCUGGGCCUUUGAGAGCCGUGUCUAUGCAGAGGACCCUUAUAAAUCUUUCGGUCUUCCCUCCAUUGGACGGUUGUCUCAAUACCAAGAGCCACUCAACCUCAGCAAUGUCCGUGUAGACAGCGGCAUCCAGGAGGGAAGUGACAUCAGCAUCUACUAUGAUCCCAUGAUCUCUAAGUUGGUUACCUAUGGAGCUACACGAGCUGAAGCCCUUGCCAAGAUGGAAGAUGCUCUGGAUAACUACGUUAUCAGAGGUGUGACCCACAACAUUCCCCUCCUGAGGGAAAUCAUCACCCACCCUCGCUUUGUCUCUGGUGACAUCAGCACCAACUUCUUGCCGGAAGUUUAUCCCGAUGGCUUCAAGGGCCACCAGCUGGAGGUGGACAAACGCAGGGAGCUGUUGGCCUCGGCAGUGGCUCUCUACAUCACUGCUCAGCUCCGUUCACAGAAGGUCCUGGGCAACCUGAGGAUGUCCUCCACGCCUGUGGAAUGUAGGUGCUGGGAGCUGUGUGUGGAGCUGGGGGAGGGACACCAUGCGAUUGAGGUUACAAAAUCAGGAGAUGUUUAUACUGUGGAGGUGGAUGGAGGAAAGGUGGAGGUUAGUGGACAGUGGAACCUGGCCUCCCCACUGCUGCCACUCACAAUCAAUGGCACUCACAGGAUGCUGCAGUGUCUGUCCAGAGAUGCUUCAGGAGAGAUUGUUCUGCAGUACCUGGGCACAUCGUUUAAGGUUCGCGUCAUGUCCAAGUUGGCUGCAAAGUUGAACUCCUACAUGCCAGAGAAAGUUCCAGAAGACACCAGCAGCAUCCUGCGUUCACCGAUGCCAGGCACAGUGGUUGCUGUGUCGGUCAGGCCUGGAGAUACGGUUGCAGAGGGUCAGGAGAUCUGUGUGAUUGAAGCCAUGAAGAUGCAGAACAGUAUGACUGCUGUCAAGCAAGCAAAGGUAAAGAGUGUCCAUUGUAAGCCAGGUGAGACGGUGGGAGAGGGAGACCUGCUAGUAGAGCUGGAAUAAAACACAACCUUUGAUGUGACAUCAGCACCAGGAUGUGCCUUACUCUUCUCUGUGUCCACAGAGGAAGAUCCUUAGAGGCAAAAAGAAAGUAACCAAUGUUGAUAUAUCUUGCUAGUGGUCAGUGUCCACAGUGGCCCCCAGCAGAGUUUUUUUCCCUGAUAGUGACUCAGAGCUAAGUUGUAUAAGCAGUGUUACAUUGUUUCCUCCCUGUCAGACUCCUUCAUUUUCCUUGAUUGAAAAAAUGUCCUAUGAAUCUUUCCGUUCUGCUUCUGUUUUGUGUGUUUUCCAGACCUGACUAUUUGUUUUUGUCAAAGGGUUAGUUCACCCACAUUUAAAAAAAGAAAAUCUCAUUUACCCUUAGUAGUGUGUGACCUUGCAGAUUGUUUUGGUUUAUGGGCCAAGGUUCUAAAGCUAGACUAUGUAACUUUUGCUUAAUAGUGGCAAUUGUGGUAGAUAGAUUAUGGCAGCUACAGCAGUAGCUGUAGCACAGCAGUAGCUGCCAUAAUUUAUCCUAAGUUGGCAAACAUUAACUAACAUCGGCUGCCAUAACCUACUGGUUAUAUCAGACCAGAUAAGGUUGUAACAUCAAAAGCCCUGAGUGUAUUGAAUUGUGCAAUGGUGCAUAUUAUUUCUUGUGAAUUAAAGGGAUGGUUACAUUGUCACCCAGGUUCUCUGAGUGGAGAGACUAUCUCUCCAGCUAAGAGCCACUCUGAAACACAUUCCAAUGGGGGUUAACUGGAGAGGCCACACAUGCGUGGUGCUUAUAUAACCACAGGUUGCUAAUCAGUGAAUGGCCACAACAGGUGAUGUGUCUUAAAGAGUAAUCCAUGUCAGCUGCCCCCAUAGGGGUCAGUCCCUGUACAUAUGGAAUAUUUAGGGUGGAGUGAUAGUCUCAACAAAAUAGAGAACCUCUCAUUUGUAAUAAGAAAAAAAAAACUUUAUUUCUUCCUUCAAAAGUUAAAUAGUGUUGCUUUAAAAUAUCAGACAUCAGAAAUAUCUGCUGCCACUCCCAUACAAUGGAAGUGUAUAGACCUUUGGUUUAUAAGCUGCUGCUGAGUUUUUCAAAUGUCAUUUCAUUUUUCAUUCAUUUUAACACCAAAAGCAAAAUCCCUUUCACUUGUCUGUCAGAUGUCUGUCUCCACUCCAGCACAAUAUAUCUCAAAAUCUGAUCAGAAAAAACCAAAACGAUUUGCAGACCUUGAUACCACUCAAGGGAAGUAGCUGUAAUUGUUGUCAUUUGAUUGAACUGACAAUUUAAAAGUAAAUAAAGUGUUUCUUUUCCACA